AUGUCAGUAGAUCUCAACUGGGAGACCCUCACGUCGGGCCCGGACGGCGAGGCGCUCGCGCUUCGCAUCCGCGAUUUCAUCCACGAGAAGUUCCAGGCAGUCCAGCUGCCGCGCUUCAUCAAGUCAGUGACGGUUCACGACUUUGAGUUCGGCUCCAUACCUCCGAAGCUCGAGCUCAAAGACAUUACCGACCCUUUACCAGACUUUUACGAGGAGAAUGAAGAUUAUGACGACGACGAUUCAGACGAUGGCCAGGACAAUGAUGCAGCGGAGGAGCUGAGAGCGGCGGCGGCAAGGAGACACCAAAACCAGCACGAGAGCCACCAGCGCGACGGCAGCGCGCAUCUUCCUUCGCGAUUCCACAACCACGGCGCGAGCUCGCCUUCGCGGGGCCUCAUGGCCGGCGACCUCACGAGCCCCUUUCUCGGCGUUUCGACGCCAGGCAUCCUCAGCGGCGCCUCCAAUCUGCACUACUUUCAAAGUCACCUCGGCUCCGGCUGGUCAGGCACCCACACACCUUUGGCCGCCGUCGCUGGAGGUGGCAACAGCUGGAUGGACGCCUCGGCCGUCUCCUCGCCAGGGCCCUCCCCGCUCCGCGGCACCCCGACCUACCCCAGCCACAGCCGCAACCCGUCCCAGUCCUCCGUCCUGUCCGACAUGACACCGGCCUUUGCGCCGCUGACGCCGCAGAACCCCCAUCCUCUGUCGUCCGCAAACCACUUUUUGCGCGAGAAGUCGUCCGUCUCGACCCUGGCGCCCACAUCCGUCGGCACGUCCCGCCCCCCGACGCGCGACCCUGCCUGCGCCAUCGACGAAGAGGGUGACGACGGGGGCGACGGCCAGCAGCAGCAGCAGCAGUCCUCGCCGCCGUCAGGCGAGGCCGACCACCCGCCGCCUCGGUUCCGCGAGCCCCGGCCCGACGACCUGCAGGCCGUCUUCCGCAUCCGCUACGCCGGCGACGUGCGGCUGCGCCUCACGGCCGAGAUACUGCUCGACUACCCGAUGCCCAGCUUUGUCGGGAUCCCCGUGCAGCUCUCCGUCACGGGGCUGACCUUUGACGGCGUGGGCGUCACGGCGCACAUACGCAAGCGGCUGCACUUUUGCUUCCUGAGCCCCGAGGACGCCAUCACGGCCGUGGGGCUGCCGGAGGAGGAGGAUGACGGUGACGACGGUGACGACGACCACGGGCACGCCGGGCGCGGCGCGGCGGGUGAGAAGAGGCGAUUCGGGGGUCUACUGCAAGAGAUACGGGUCGAGAGCGAGAUUGGGCUGCGCGAGAGCGGCAAGCAGAGCCUCAAGAACGUGGGCAAGGUGGAGAGGUUUGUGCUGGAGCAGGUGAGGAGGAUAUUCGAAAACGAAUUCGUGUAUCCCAGCUUCUGGACCUUUCUCGUCUAG